ACUACAUUUCCCGCGAACAGCUGCGUUCCGUUGUAUCACACUGUCGUAAUGUACUUGUUUUUUACUUGAAGUUCAUCUUGAAAAACUAAAGUCCUGGUUCAACAAUAUCUUUGAAUGGUGGGAAAGGGGAAAAUUGUAAGGCGUCGUCUCAGAAAUGCUUCCAUAGCAGGUAGAUUUUCGGAUUUUUUUAAAUAGGCCCUCAAGAUGUUCUGUGUUGGUGUUGCUAUGAUCAGACCAGUCACAUCCACGUGUGCCCGACUGAGCUCUUCAUAUGUUAAGCAUGCAAGGUAUCUGUUUGACUUAAAAGAAAAUGAUGACAUUUGUAGACAAGCUCUGAAAUCUGGAUCAUUUUAUGUUUUUCACAAUCUCUCUCCAUUCCUGCGAAACACAGGCAACAGCUAUUCUUUUCCAGCAGUCAGUGCUUCAGAAUUACUCAGAAUUCUUAUUGAACACAAGAUGAAUGAGCGGAUGAUGGAGAAAUCUGUUCUUAUUGGUUGCUCGGAUUCUUGCGCUGCAGAGUUUGCCAUCGAUCUUGGAUCACUGGAAAGAUCAAGAUUAGAGAGAGAAUUGUGUGGGAAAUUCACAGACCUACGCAAAGCCGCUCUACAGCUUAGAUUAAAGGAUACUCCUCUGAUGUCACAGGCACAGGCCCUACUUCGCUGGCAUGAAAGUCACCAGUACUGUAGUAAAACAGGGAAACCAACCCAAAAAAACAUAUCCGGGAGCAAGCGUGUCUGCCAUGCAAACGGAUUGAUCUAUUACCCUCAGAUGUCCCCAGUGAUUAUCACUCUGGUAUCACACAGGAAGCGCUGCCUGCUUGCUCGGCAGGACUCCUAUCCUGCUGGAAUGUACACUGCUCUCUCAGGUUUCUGUGACAUAGGAGAAACUCUGGAGGAGACUGUACGGAGAGAAGUGGCAGAGGAAGUGGGGCUGGAAGUUGAGUCUAUAAGAUAUUCUGCAUCUCAGCACUGGCCUUUCCCUAACAGCUCGCUAAUGGUGGCGUGCCACGCCACUGUACGACAGGAUGAGCUCUGCAUCAAUGCAGCGGAAAUAGAAUCAGCAAAGUGGUUCAGUUUGGAAGAGGUGGAAGAAGCUCUAAAAUGGCAGAAGGUGCCUCCCAAACAAGAGGAUGGUACUGUACCUAUCUGGGUACCACCAAAGAUUGCCAUUGCCCAUCAUCUCAUCCAGGAGUGGGUCCAGGAGCAGAGAGCACAAUUAAAGCACAGAUAGUGAUUGUGAUUAAGGAAUUUUACACAUCUCCAAUUUAUAUGUGAUUGAAAAUCAUCUACAAUUGGAUGUAACUGAUUUUAGUGCAAGUGGCUGGUCUAUAUACAAGCAGACUGCUAUUACACAUAAAAGGCAGUUGAGCUCAAGGUCUGAGGCUAUGUGAGGCCCAGGCAAUGCUCAAGGUAUGUUUUUCUACCUCUCUCUCUUUAUACCUCAUCACCUGUUAGAUUCUUACAGCAGCUUUGCACAUUUGAUAGUGCCUAAAACACAGGAAGAGCAAUUUAAUACUUUCUCUAACAUAUAUCAUGAAGCACUGGUGCUCACACCCAAGAACGGAACUUCUCCAAGUCAAAGUUCACUACAUCACAAAAAAACAUCAGAUUCCUCUUGUGGACCAGACAAAAACCUACAUAUUUGAGUGCAAGGUAAACCACUCAAGCGUUUGGAGAGAACCCCUCUGUCCAAGGGACCAGCUUUAAGCCCUUACUCCAUCAACUGACUGGGUGAAAUUGUCUGCCAUCUGAGUGCCACUUUGAUCCCCUCCCCUCCCCCAUCCCACCCCUAUUCUGAAUUAAUACAAAUGCUAUAACAGAGGCUUGCAAUAGUUACUGUUACAGCAAAGAUCAACUAUAGCCAUUUGCAACAUGCUACAGUAACAAUGAUAAUUUGAUGUGGUGCUGUUUUUCUAGAACUGUUUGUGUUUCACUGUAUAAUAAAUAAUGCUGCUGGGGAAGCUAAUCCAGUAAAAAGCAUACCAGCUUAAA